GUCGUCUGCGUGCGUCUGACAAAAACGGAGCGCGCACGGAGAGCGAGUGACGUCAGCACUUCCACAACAACAAGAAGCUGAAAAACAAGGAAGUGGAGGAAUCGCGAAGCAGCAGCAAAUCUGUUCCAAAGGCCGCGACUCGAUACGCAGAGUGUCCCCGUGUUGAAAGCCGACAUCCCCCGCAGCCUCCGCACCGCUCCGCCGCCAUGAACAACAAAGGUCCCUAUCCACAGCAGGCAGUGUACCCUCAGCAGAGCACUGCACCUGUAUACCCUCCUGCUAUGCAAAUGUCCCCUCAGGCACCUCCCUACACAGACACACCACCUGCAUAUUCUGAGAUAUACCAGCCCAGAUAUGUGCUUCCACCUCAGGUGCCUGGUCAGAUGCCUCAGAUGUCCUCUCACUACCCUGGUGCUCAGGUGUUUAUGCCCAUGCAGCCACCGAUGGCUGUUGGGCCAGUGGGUCAGAAUGUCCCCAUGGCUUACUAUCCCAUGGGAGCUAUGUACCCGCAUGGUUCAACAGUGAUGGUGGACGGUGGUUUUGACGCUGGUGCUCGCUUCACACCUGGCAGCAACGUUUCCAUCCCACCCCCACCUCCUGGACAUCCCCCCAACGCAGCUCAGCUGGCUGCCAUGCAGGGUGCCAAUGUUGUAAUGACGCAGCGCAAGAGUAACUUCUUCCUGGGUGGAUCCAGUGGAGGUUAUUCCAUCUGGUAACAGCAACUUCUCAACUCCUCCAUCAUGCCUAAACCGUGUCCCUCGUCCCAAACUGAUGCCCCAGUUCUACCCACAUCCCAUACGCCUCCCUCUUCAGGCUGCUUGGCCAUGCCACAAUACUGAUAUCACCUAAUGGAAUGUAAUAUUUUAGAGCCCUUGUGAAAGGUACAGUACUCCACUUGUGACAUAGAGAUGAAAAGAUAAAUGCCACCGCCUGGAGUGAUAAGAUAAAAAAUUUUAAUGUUGUAGAAUCCUUGCCACAGUUCUUCAUUGGCUUAAUCCAAAUUGAACCUCCAGGCGUUUGUUGAAUAGACCUGGUCUCCUUUGAUCAAAUGGAUCACAAAUUAAAAUGAAUAUGUACUUGUAUACCUGUAAAGCUACGUAAAUGAAAUGUUGAAAUAUCAGCCCUGCAUUAUUUAGUUUAGCUGCUUUAUGGUGAAAGUGAAACGCAGUUACAAAGUUGCAGUUAAAGCGCAAAAAAAAAGAAAUCUCCACUUGUCUUUUUUGAAUACUUUUAGUGUAGUUAAAUUAAUAGAUGUGUAAAAGUUCCAUGUAAAUACCAGUAUAACCAUGAUCAAGAGAAAUUACAUCUCAACGAUACAAAAAAAAAUCUGCAUCUUGGGUGCUCUUAGUUAGAAUUGUCUUGUCUUUUGCACAGUAUCUAAAACACCACAGACAAUCUGUUGCACAGUGAACUGCCCAUCUGACAGAUUGUUACAUUUAAAUCAUGUGUAAAUUAAAUGAAUUGACGUCAGCAAAUAAUUCAAGAAAAGAUUCCAUGUAAUAUCCAAAGUGAAUUACUGUACCUUGUUGGGCAACUUGUAGAUGAACAUAGUCAAGUGCCAAAGAGCACUGGGGAUAGCCCUAAUUUAAAGCAAAUUAACUUCAGUAAACUUAAAGGAAAGAAAUUUAAAGUAAAUCCAAAUAGUAAGUUGAACGGGAAGGGGUGGUUGGUGUAACAUUUCAGCUUUUUUUUGUCUCCUGUUUCUAUUUUACAGUCGGAUACCCAGAGUUUAUACACUAAAUGUUUAUUGUGCAGGUUUGGAGACCUACCCUCCCUCUUGUUUCUCCUCCACAGAGUAUAAUUUGGUGUCUUCAAAUAAACUUUUUCCACCGUAGAUCAAUGUCACCUUUGUGAUAUAGCAUUUGCUUCUAGUCAACAUUUUCUAAGGUUGAGGAGACUUAAAUAUUUCAGUGUUUAAUUUCUUCCUUCGUGACUUUUCCACAUUCGAGUGAUUUACACGAGUAGUUAGGUUUUAAAGAGAUCAUUGGUCGAACCAAUGAGCUGGUUGUACCAAAGAUUUGGUCGACAAUGCACUUGAUGUUUGGUUGUGACUUGGAAAAAAAAAUAAAUGUCACAAUUUAAAAGCAAACAUAUCAUAGAAUAAGCAGUGGUGAGAUCGUUGGCACCUAGAACCUUCAGUCUUCACGUGAUCGCAACUGUUAGUGUGUUAAUGUCACUUUAUGUAGGUCAGUUGCAUCUUUAAGUUGUUGCAUACUUUUGCACCUUUGCUGUGUACAAAUUUGAUUAAAUACUUUUUACCUGAGAUGCACUGCUAAGCAAAUCUGAGAGGUUGCAGACAAGGGGCUACUCUCGGUCUUUUUUUAAUUCCUGGUUUCAUGUCUUUUUAAAGAAAGCUGUGAGAUUUUUGAACAUGCAUUUUAAAAUGCUUUUCCUUCAUCAAGUCUAUUCCAUUUUUUUUAAAGUAAUGUCGAGACGUGUCGUGUUGUUCAGUAGAUUGAAAGUGUAUGCAAACGUUUUUUGCGACAAGGCUAUGUCACUGUCAGCAUAAAUCAUUUCCAAGACAUUUUUGUGCUGCUGAUUAAAAACCUCUUUAGAAUAUUUACAUAAUUUGUUAUCAUACAAAACUUUAAAUAUAUGGAAUUAGCGGAGUCUGUGUGGAUACCAUCAACUGAUGUUUGUAGAUAUUCAUUUCGAUGUCUGGUAGUAUCAAUGUGUCACUGGGUAUCCGACAUACCAUAUCAAGUUUUAACAGCUGUGGCCUCCAGUAACACAAACACUCUUGCUGUCGACCAACAUUUAGCGAUUUCAGUGUUAAAGAAGUCAGAGCGACCAGCUGUCUAACAACCCUCCUCACUUCAUCCACUGACCCUCAUGGGAUGAACCUCCUGUCUGUGCAGCCCACACACAAAGCUGCUGCAUCAUAUGUGACGGACGUGUCACUCAAAUGGCUCCGUGUGUAUUAAAUCUCACCCGUGUUGUCGUUCCACGCAGCUUUGCUGAGGAAGAGGCCACAGCUGUCAAAACUUAAAAAAAAAAAAAAAAAAACAUGAUUCAAACAAUUGUUUUCUCGUUUUCCAUCUCUGCUCUGAUUGUUUGUUAAGCAGCAUAAUGGUGGCUUUGUCCCAGCAAUAUGAAGUACUGUAAACUACAGCUGACCAGUCGAUGCUAUGCCAACCACAGCCAGCAAAUGGAUCACUCUCUGUUGAAGGAUUAUGGACAUUUAUAGUUCAGGGAUUCUCUUGACAAUAUUUUGUAAAAAUAGAUGUAUGUACUAAAGUGAUGUGAUGGACUUUGGUACACAUUCUAUCUUUUAAGAUUACUAAAGGAGAUGAGUGUCACUACAGUUUGCUGAGACAUGUCAAAGAUGGAAUACUUUGAAAAAAAAGAACUUAGGUGCACUUAACUUUUUUAUACUAAACUUAAAAUUUAAAAUGUAAGUUUAGAAUAAAGGUUAUUUUGGAAAUUUGAAA